GAGGCCACCCUCUCCCCGGGAACCCGACGCCUCGCGGUACUGGGGAACAGGAGGGGGCGGCCAAGGCCUCACACGCACCGCACCCGGCAGAUCCCCAGCGGCCAGGCCCUUCUCCCGGUGCCCGCAGGAGGGCUGCUGCUCCACGACGUGACCAUGGCGGGACUGCAGGAGCUGCGAUUCCCCGAGGAGAAGCCGCUGCUCCGGGGCCAGGACGCCACCGAGCUGGAGAACCCUGACACCUUCCUCUCAGCUGUGGACACAGACUGGAAGGAACAUGACAUUGAGACGCCCUAUGGCCUUCUGCACGUGGUGAUCCGGGGCUCCCCCAAAGGAAACCGCCCGGCCAUCCUCACCUACCAUGACGUUGGCCUCAACCACAAGCUGUGCUUCAACACCUUCUUCAACUUUGAGGACAUGCAGGAGAUCACCAAGCACUUUGUGGUAUGCCACGUGGAUGCCCCCGGACAGCAGAUGGGGGCGUCACAGUUUCCUCAGGGGUACCAGUUCCCCUCCAUGGAGCAGCUGGCCGCCAUGCUCCCCAGUGUGGUGCAGCACUUUGGGUUCAAGUAUGUGAUUGGCAUUGGCGUGGGAGCCGGAGCCUACGUGCUGGCCAAGUUUGCACUCAUUUUCCCAGACCUCGUGGAGGGCCUGGUGCUCAUGAACAUUGACCCCAAUGGCAAAGGCUGGAUCGACUGGGCUGCCACCAAGCUCUCUGGCCUGACCAGCACUUUACCAGACACGGUGCUCUCCCACCUCUUCAGCCAGGAGGAGCUUGUGAACAACACCGAGCUGGUGCAGAGCUACCGGCAGCAGAUCGGGAACGUGGUGAACCAAGCCAACCUGCAGCUCUUCUGGAACAUGUACAACAGCCGCAGAGACCUAGACAUUAACCGGCCUGGGACGGUGCCCAAUGCCAAGACGCUCCGCUGCCCCGUGAUGCUGGUAGUCGGGGAUAACGCACCUGCUGAGGAUGGGGUGGUGGAGUGCAACUCCAAACUGGACCCAACCACCACCACCUUCCUGAAGAUGGCAGAUUCUGGAGGGCUCCCACAAGUCACACAGCCAGGGAAGCUGACUGAGGCCUUCAAAUACUUCCUGCAAGGCAUGGGCUACAUUGCAUACUUGAAGGACCGAAGGCUGAGUGGAGGAGCAGUGCCCUCGGCCAGCAUGACCCGUCUCGCACGCUCUCGCACCGCAUCUCUCACCAGUGCCAGCUCAGUGGAUGGCAGCCGCCCACAGGCCUGCACCCACUCAGAGAGCAGUGAGGGGCUGGGCCAGGUCAACCACACCAUGGAGGUAUCCUGCUGAAUCCCUGGGCUCCACUCAAGACACCUACCCACCUGCAUCGAGGUCCCACUGCCAUCCCCGCACCGGCUCAUUUUCCCUUUAGUUUAUUUUUGUGAGGGCAAAGGGGGGAAAUGGGGCUACUUCUUUUAAAAAAUGAGGGGAUCCACCUUAGAUGCUGCAGCAUAAGUCUGCAGAUGGUUUGAGGGGUCCCCAUCCCCCACCCUCAUCUCACUCCCCAUGUGAACUUGGCUUAUCAGGCCCUCACAUCCAACAAACAGCCUGGACACAGGGCUGGGCCUCAGGGAGGAUGGGGUUAGAUGAAGAAAGAGUUGGAGUUCUUGGGCCAGGAUCCAGGAUCAUUCCUGGAUUAAAGGAAGAAUAUGGCUCCACCCUUGGACAGGCAGGUUUGGAGAAGGGACGAGGUUUUGAGAUGGUCAGUGUUGGGUUCAGACCCUGAUGUGGGGGCCAGGAAAGAGCAGCCAGGGACCCUGGAGCUCUGAAGGCCUCUUGCAUUCCACCAAGCACAUCCGUUUCUGGUUUGUAGUACAGGUGCUAAGCAUCUGGACAGUGACUACAAGGGGGCGCUCUGGCCAAGCUGUGGCUUUGCUGCAGCGCCCAGGCUAGUGCUGUAGGGCCAAACAGGGGCUGAAGGGAGUUUCUUGGCCUAGGGACAUGGAGAAUCCUGAGGGCAGGAACCCCAACACAGUCCAUUUCUAGGCUAUACUCUGCCACUUUCUGGCCCUGUCCCAUUCUGAGCCAAGGCCUCCCUGAGGCAGAUGUUACCUAUCCCUCUCUAGUGACCUGAGGACAGGGAAAGGACUGGGAUUGCUCUUGUAUGUUUUGUAUACCCAAGAACUUCAAGGUUACCACCUGUGGGAGCCAGCAGGUGGCCAGAGGCAGUGUAGCUUAGAGUUCCUUAGACCCCUGUUUGCCUUAGUCCCAGAGGGGAACCCACUCAGCAGCAGCGUGCUGUCCAGCAGAGCUCCUGUGCAGUGGCAGCAUCUCCAGCAGGCAUCACUGAGGAGGCAAGUUUAUCUGGAGAGGCUGGUACAGGGCGGCCAGACUCCAAAGCCCCAUGUCACUAACUACCUGCUGGAGUGGGCACGGGCUGGGCUUGCUGGGUCCUGGGGUGGCAGAUGAAGGUUCUUGAAGUAAACAAGGGGCCAGGCAGAGAAAAGCUCCCUAUAUACACAGAAAAACUCCCCUCCUGCCCCCUGAUGCCCAGGACUGUUGCCAUUUAUUUCCCACCCACACACCUUACCAGGUAUAAUCUCCCAGCCCAGAAAACAGAGCCAUUUGUCUCAGCCUAACUAAAUUGUCACGACCCCCACUCCCCCCAGAAAGGAAAGCACUGGAAAAAUGAAGGGCUGCCAAGGGGUAGGGUAGUGUGUGGGUGUUCUGAGGCUGAGGACUCCAACAUCUGCACUUCCUCACACACACAGCCUCCUUUCUAUAAUCUUAAGCCAUUACUAGAUUGCUCUAGGGCCUGGUGGAGUGUAGUCUGUCCUCAGUUCUGUUGACUCACGUGCUUCCUUUGAAUAUUGAAUGUGACUGUUUAAAGCUGGUAGAAUUAACCCUCUUACUGUAGAUAGAACUGCAAGUAUUUUUGUUUUUUUGCUGUGUUCUUUCUGAUAUCUAUAAAUAUCUAUACAUUAUAUAUAUAUGUAUAUUGGGUCCUCCUGGGUGUGGUUUUUCAUUGGAGGUUGUCUCUUCUUUGAUCAAGGUGAACUUUUAAUGGGGAGUUUAUUAUUUUCCUCUCUGUACAAAGUGAAGAGCCUAAUUUUGUGUAUUCUGGUGGCUGAUGUCCUAAGACUUUGAGAUGACAAAAUGUAAAACAAAUAAAACCCUUGUCAAUGUAGAAAGAGUUACCUGUACUGAAAAACUAAUAAACUAAGAAGAACCUAA